AUGUGGGCGCUUCGCGAUGCUCACGCGCACGGUGCAACCCGUGUCAGCAUUGGUGAUCAGCACCUACUCACGGGCGGCGCGGAUGGGGUUGUUUCGCUCUACUCGACGAAGCACUGGCCCAAGGCGGCGGCGCUAUGGACUUUCAGAUGCCACGACGCGGCCGUCACCGAUGUUGCGCUUGUCGACGCGCUCGAGCUGGCACUCAGCUGCGGUCGUGAUGGUCGCAUACUGCUGCACGAGAGCAUCGCCGACAGCGCGAAGCUUGUCUCUCGCGUGAUAUGUCAGGUCACAGGUGAAGUGCGUUGCCUGUAUAUGGACAUUGAGCGGCGAAGGCUAUACAUCGCCGGAGACUCACUGCGCUGUCUGGACAUGUCGCAGGAAAAGUUUCAAAUUCGCACUAUUCCGUUGGUGGUGCCCUUCCCGCUUGUGUCGCUGGCUGUUUCGCCGUGUGGACGGUAUAUCGCCAUGGCCAGCGCGUCUGGGGAGCUUGGCGUGGUGCCGACGCACGUUACGACACCGGUAGAGGCGGGCGCUGCGCCGAAGACUCAGUUUGUUUUUCGCUCUGUCCUUUCCCCCACCGCAAAGAAAGAGGACAGUGCGAUGUACCGGAUGUCAUGGUGCCACACCGCUACCGGCGGGCUCAUGCUGAUGGUACCUACAUCCACAGAGGUGCAGGUCUACGCGCUUGAGGACCGUCACAGCAACAGCAGCCUCUCUGCGCCGCGCAUGCGUGCCAUUGGGGGGCUGCAUGAUCAGCACUUUACUGAUCUACACGGCGCGCUUGUCUAUCCAAUCACAAAGACCCAGGUGGCGUGCCUGCUGGCGACGCGUGAUGGGCUCUUCGUGGGCAAAGUACAGAGCAAGACGUUGGCCAUGUCGCGCCAUAUGUCGGAGCGCUACAACGCCUCGUGUUUCUCAACCCCGAGUAGUGGAACCGUCAUGGUUGCGGCAGCUGAAGGCGAGGACAGAGGCAGCACAGCCGCGGUCACCGAUGUGCAGGUGAAUCCAAUGACCGGAGACGUCGCCGUUGGGCUCACCGAUGGACGUAUUUCCCUGCUGCGUCGAGCGUCGCCAAAGGCGUGGAGACCAGCCACGGCAGCCGGCUCAUCGACUGCAGCGAUGGAGGGCGACGCCGACGAAGAUGCGGAGAGCAUCGCAGAGCAGGAAGAUAAAGCGAAAGCGGGCAAUCGGAGCACGCGUCACGAGCGCCGUGCAGAUAAGAGCGGAUGUGGUGCUGCGCAGGCGGAGAAGGAUGACGAUGACUUCGUCGACGACGGCAGCGAUGACGGCACGGCGUCCGUCGACUCCGCCUCUUCGGCGUCCUCGUCGGUCGCGUCUUCGGACAGCGACGCCGCCCCAGAGGACUUUGGGAAGGUCGUGGUGGAUCUGCAACGCGACGGGGCCUCUCUGCAUGACCACGACGGUGAGCGACCGUCUCGCUGGCGCGAUGAUGAGGAGGCAGCGCUGGCGCACGCGAAGCGCGAGGCGGAACGGCCGCGCGGCCGCAGUCGCUUUCUCGACGACGAGGCUGAGGAAGGGACGUCCAGCGACGACGAAGAGGGCGGGCACGGCGACGAUAACAUGAUGAGGGCACGAGGUCAGGCUCGUGCUCCGUACGACGAGGAGGACCACUGCGACGACGAUCUCUCCAUGGAGGGCAACGCAGAAGUGAACGGCGACUUGGCAAACGGCUCUUCGAGCCGCGCCGGGGACUUGGCGCUGCCGGUUGGUCGCGUGCCGGCGGUGCAGGACUACUCCUUCCAAGUUGGCGCUACCCCAGCCGGGGAAGAGGGCAACUGCUAUCUGGCCUACAACUCCGUUGGGUACAUCCAUUGCAGCCGCGACGCCACAACAGUUCACUUCCACGACAUUUCGCACCCCGCCGUGCGCUUGCAGCUCCGGGAUACCAUCCUGAUGGGGGCGCUGAGUCCCGUCGGUGCCGCCUUCAUUGUUCUACCGGCGGAUCCGACGGAGGCGCAGGGGAGUGUGGACGAGGCACCACGGCUCUCCGUCUUCUACCACGCCUUUACGCCCCUUGGCGCGCAGUCGGAGUGGCGUGUGGCGCUGCUGCCAGGCGAGACGGUGCGGUGCAUGGCUGCUGGUAUCCGCUAUGUCGCAGUCGCGACGAGCCACUACCUGCGCAUCUUCUCCCUCUCGGGACUGGAGCUGGCGGUGCUCAGCAAGUCCCAGCGCAUCGUCACGAUGGUCGGCACCUCGUCGCGUAAGCUGAUGAGCAGUUUCAAGGCUGAUUUCGACCCACUGGUCAUCAUCAACCUCACUGGUACCGGCGAGCUGCAGAUGGAGGUGAUCGAUGUCGGUGCGCGCACGUCGGCGCUGCCGCCGCGUACGGUACCGCUCACGGAGCUACCGGAUGGCUCGACGCAUCAGCUGCAGUGGCUUGGAUGGUCGGAAGACGGCCUGCUGCACAUUGUGGACACAGCCGGUGUGGUGCGCCAGUUCACCGAGGACUGGGGUGGCUCGUGGGUCCCGGUGUACGACCCGCGCACGCUGGUGGAUCAGUCGUACGCGCUCUGGGUGUACGGCAUCAGCGAGAACGCGCUGCUAGCGUACCGCUACUCCCGCGACGACCCGUCGUACCCGGCGGCGGCGGCGAGCGGGCUGAGCACCGAGCUCGUGCCGCUCUUUCUUCCCCUAACUCGCACGAUGGGUGCGGACGGCCUGGAGCGGUGGGACAAACUGCUGCGCCAGCAACUCCGCUGCGACGAGCUCAAGCGGCACAGUACCUUCUACAGCGCAAGCAUCGCCAAGUACGACGAAGUCCACGACCACCACCUGCUCCAGUUCUUCGACAGCGCGCUCAAGAGCCAGCAAACAACGCGGGCGAUGGAGCUGGCCAUGCUCAUGGAGAUUCACGACCGCGUCGUGAAGUGUGCGCAGCUCGCCAACGCAAAUGGGCACGUGAAGCUGGUGCCGAAGCUGUUGGCGCUGUAUGAGAUGCGCAUGGCGACAAAGCAGAAGCGGAAGUGCGGACUGCCAACGAAGGAGAAGCUCGCGUCCAACAAGAAGAAGGACGAGCUGCUGCACAAGCUGUUGGGUCAGAUGUUGCCGCAGGACAAGGGGACGAAACCUGCCGACAGUGCUGCGGCUGCGCCACCGACGCCCAUCGCUGCCGAGGUCGAGGAUGAAGAGUCGAAGGAAAAGAAGACUGAAAACCGCACGAGCCCCCUUCGCGGACCAGCCUCAACGAUAGCGUCAAGCCUCACCGCAACGUCACCAUCCGCGGUGUCAGGGGUGAUGACGGCGGACCCCAACACCUUACCUUCACAAGCGCGGCGUCACAUCUCAUUUGCGAAGGAAGUCGCCCUCGCACCGCCUCCGUCGCUGAGUUCACAGAGCACGACGACGAGCACUCUGUCGACGACAAGAAGCAGCGCCCCCGCCCCUUCGCGCAAGCUUGCCAAUCCAUUUUCCCAGACCUCUGUGAAGCCCGCCAAGGCCACUGACCAGGUGCGACAUUCAUCGCUGUCGAACCCCCAGCAGUCGCACAAUCAGCAUCAGUCCCAGCUGCAGGUGGCGCUUCCCACUUCUACGCCCCACUCCUCCAUGGCAACCGCCACGAGGGCCGCCACACUCUUGGGCUCGUCGCAGCUGGACACCCCGCCGCGCGCCAGCGUUGCGGCGACGAGGACGAACGCCGUUUCCGUUGUUCAUGAGAGCGACGCCGCCAAGUGUCUCUUCGCGGAUGACGCCACGCCGACAGGAUCGCGUGUGAGUGCUGCGCGCAUUCCAUCCUCGCCGGGCCACGGAGCAAGCCCUCUGCCCACUGCCAGCACUGGCUGCAGUGCCGCGACACCUUCCGUGUCCGCCAUCACGUGCAAGCCUGACGUGCACCGCGCAGCGGCCUCGACGCCAUCUUCCGCGUUUGUCGCGCGCGAGCUGCCGACCACGAGCACCACGCUGGUGGCGAGCGGCACGCCUCGUCUCAGCAGCGGUGCUGUCGAUCCGUUUGUCGAGGAGCCGGCGCAAUCUUUCGCUGGCACCCCCAGCUUUGAGUUUCUGAUGGGCUCGCACACCAGCGCCACGUCGGCAGCGGCGGAGGCACCUAUAUCGGUACAGUCACUGCUCGAUGUUGGACACGGCGAAACGGCUCCGGUGGUGCGCAGCGACAGCUUCGGUGAGGCACUUCGCAAACGCUACCGUGAGGACGAGGAAGAGGACGCCGAGGAGGCACCGCUUGCGACGCUUCCAAAGCUGUCUGUGUGA